AUGUCGUUUGGAUCGUUUGAUGAAAUAUGUAACAAGACAGCGUUACCAUUAUGUUCAGUUGUUGGUGCUGUUAAUCAAAGUGCUUUUUUUCAAAGAGGUAUUGUACCAGACUGUUACGCCAGAUCAGUCGAGUUGGCAAAUACAAUGAUCUUUCAAAUCGGUAAUGCAUUUGUUCAUUUUGGUGGAUUGUUAAUUUUAUUAAUCAUUAUAUUCAAUGUGAGAGCUAAAUAUACUGCUAUUGGACGUAAAGAGAUGUUGUUCUUUUUAUAUUUAUUAAUCGGAUUGAUUGUCAGUAGUUUGAUUGUUGAUUGUGGUGUUAGUCCGCCAAGUAGUGCAAGUUAUGCUUAUUUUGUUGCAGUUCAAAUCGGUAUUGCCAGUGCUGUUUGUAUGUGUCUAUUGUAUAAUGGGAUAUUGUACUUUCAGUUUUGGGAAGAUGGUACUAGUAAAUCCAUGUGGGGAUUGAGAAUCGUUUGUUUUGUAUGGUUUGCUGUCAAUUUUAUAAUUUCAUUGAUCACAUUCAAACAUUGGAACACUGCUUUAGAUUUCCGAAAGACUACUACAUUGUUUGUUUUCACUUAUCUUUUGAAUGCUAUAAUUUUAGCCGUAUACGUUGUAUCACAGAUAAUAUUGGGUGUUUUUGCUUUAAGAAAUUACUGGUCCUUGGGUGCCAUUCUUUUGGGUAUUUUCUUCUUUGUUGCUGGUCAAGUUAUUGCUUACGGUUUCAGCAAUCAAAUUUGUCGUGGUGCUGCCCAUUAUAUCGACGGUAUAUUUGUUGCCAGCGCAUGUAAUGUUUUCACAUUUAUGAUGAUUUAUAAAUUUUGGGAUAUGAUCACUCAAGAUGACUUAGAAUUUUCAGUUGCCGUUGAAAAGGCAUUCUAA